AUGAGUUCGUUCUCCAUCACGCGGAAGAAGACUCCCUUCCAAAAGCACAGAGAGGAGGAAGAGGCAAAGAAAAAGAGAGCGGAGGAGGAAACAGCUCGCUUAUAUAAGGAGUUUGUGGAUUCCUUUCAAGGGGAUAACGCACCUGGGUCGAAGGCUUUUGUGCGAGGAGGAACAAUCAAUCCCAAUGAGAAGGUGAAGGCGGAUGCUGAAGGUGAAAAGUCCAAAGAUGGGGUAUCUGUUCCAAAGAAGGGGAGUAGGUAUGUUCCAUACUUACCAACACCUUCUUUGCCAUCCAAAGGGAAAGAAUCUGAGAAGAAGCCAUUGCAGAGGGAGGAGGAGAAGCCGAGGGAGAAAGAAAAAUUGAAGCCUCGAGAAAUAGAUAAAUAUAUGGAGGAGAGGAAGCAGGAUUACGAGAUGAGGGAUAAGCGAAAUCAAGAGCGUGAACAUUGGCGUGAUGGGCGACCAAUUGAGAAUUCUGCACCAUCCAGUCGCUUUGAUGAACUCCCUGAUGAAUUUGAUCCAAGUGGAAAGCUUCUUGGAUCAUUUGAUGAUGGUGAUCCACAAACUACUAAUCUUUAUGUUGGAAAUCUUUCACCAAAGGUUGACGAAAAUUUUCUUUUGCGAACUUUUGGGAGGUUUGGGCCAAUUGCCAGUGUGAAAAUAAUGUGGCCUAGGACAGAAGAGGAGCGAAGGCGUCAAAGAAAUUGUGGCUUUGUAGCUUUCAUGAAUAGAGCUGAUGGACAGGCUGCGAAGGAUGAAAUGCAAGGAGUGGUGGUUUAUGAAUAUGAGUUGAAGAUUGGGUGGGGCAAGUCUGUCGCUCUACCAUCACAAGCACUACCUGCUCCCCCUCCAGGACAUAUGGCCAUCAGGAGUAAGGAGGGAGCAACUGUAAUCUUGUCUGGUCCAUCAGGCCCGCCUGUCACUUCUGUUCCCAGUCAGAAUUCUGAACUGGUUCUUACUCCAAAUGUUCCUGAUAUAACGGUUGUUCCACCAGAGGAUGAUCACCUCCGCCAUGUGGUUGAUACAAUGGCUUUGUAUGUUCUGGAUGGUGGAUGUGCCUUUGAACAAGCUAUUAUGGAGAGAGGCAGAGGGAAUCCUCUUUUCACGUUCUUGUUUGAGCUUGGCUCGAAAGAGCACACUUACUAUGUUUGGAGGCUCUAUUCAUUUGCUCAGGGUGAUACACUACAAAGGUGGCGAACAGAACCUUUCAUUAUGAUUACUGGUAGUGGAAGAUGGAUUCCACCACCUCUUCCCACAGUAAAGAGCCCAGAACAUGGGAAAGAGGCUGGUACCACAUAUGCUGCAGGAAGAAGCAGGCGUGUAGAGCCAGAACGAACACUUACAGAUUCACAGAGGGAUGAGUUUGAGGAUAUGUUACGUGCAUUAACGUUAGAGAGGAGUCAGAUAAAGGAUGCUAUGGGGUUUGCAUUGGACAAUGCUGAUGCAGCUGGGGAGAUAGUUGAAGUUCUUACAGAAUCUUUAACUCUCAAGGAGACCCCGAUCCCAACCAAAGUAGCAAGACUCAUGCUGUCUCUGAUGUGCUUCACAAUAGCAGUGCUCCAAUUUGAAGCAACAUUACCAGACAUAAUGGAGAGCUUUAAUGAUUUGUAUCGUAGCAUAACAGGAAGGAUCACCGCUGAGGCCCUUAAGGAAAGAGUUCUUAAAGUAUUGCAAGUAUGGUCAGACUGGUUUCUUUUUUCAGAUGCUUAUGUGAAUGGAUUACGGGCUACUUUUCUUCGGUCUGGUAACUCUGGUGUGGUCCCUUUUCACUCCAUAUGUGGUGAUGCACCUGAAAUAGACAAAAAGACCACCUCUGAAGAUACGGGUGAUGCUUGUAAAACCAAUCAAGAUGCUGCUUUGGCAAUGGGCAAAGGAGCAGCUAUGAGGGAGUUAUUGAGUCUUCCCCUAGCUGAGUUGGAAAGACGCUGCAGACAUAAUGGAUUAUCUCUUGUUGGUGGUCGAGAAACUAUGGUUGCACGAUUGCUUAGUCUGGAAGAGGCAGAAAAACAAAGGGGUUAUGAACUAGAUGAUGACUUGAAAUAUGCACAGAGCCAUUCAAGUUCAGCUAGAUAUUCAAGUAGCCGCAGAGAAAUGAAUAUUGAACCAGACUCUGUGGGAAUAUCAUCUCAAGGGAAAGGGUCCCUACCCUUGGUCCAAACCCUUCCAAUUCCGCAGCCUGAACUAAAAGCUUUAACAAAGAAAGAAAAGAAUGAUCCUGUUCUACCAGCCUCUAAAUGGGCGCGAGAGGAUGACGAUAGUGAUGAUGAACAAAAGCGUAGUGCGAGGGAUCUCGGGUUAAGCUACUCAUCUUCUGGAAGUGAAAAUGCUGGUGAUGGCCCCAGUAAGGCUGAUGAGAUGGAGGUUGCAACUGAUGCAAGCAUUCCAGCACAACCUGACAGUGGAAUAAGUGAGGAGCAGAGGCAAAAGUUGAGACGUUUGGAAGUUGCUUUGAUAGAAUAUCGUGAAUCUCUCGAGGAGCGGGGAAUAAAAAAUCCUGAAGAAAUUGAGAGGAAGGUUGCAAUCCAUCAGAAACGGCUGGAAUCAGAGUAUGGAUUAUCAGAUUCCAGCGAAGAUGCUUUUGGGAGUAAGAGGAAGGACAGACGGGAUGAUGAUACCCGUGAUGCUUCAAGAAAGCGGCACCGCAGUGGAAGCCAAAGUGAUAGUCCGCUACAGAGAUUGUCAAACAGAGAUCGGGAGAGGGAACAUGAUUUGGACAGAGACCGGGAAAGACAGCGUGGUAGCGACAGAGAUAGAGCCCAUGAUUUUGAAGGUGAUAGGGUUCGGGACCGUGAGAAGAGUGGAAGUAGAGAGGGGGAUGACCAUGAGAGAGAUAGAGGCAGAGAAAGAGACAGGGAUAGGAGGAGACGAAUGAAGUGA